CUUCGCAUAAGACCUAUAACAAAUGAAGAUACAAAUUUACCGACACGCUUUCAACGUCAAGUAAUUACGACAUCUCCACAUACUUCAAAUCAAGUUAUUGUACAUCAAAAUGAUAAAAAAUCACAAACAUUUACCUUCGAUCAUGUAUUUGGUCCGGAAACGAUGCAACAAGAAGUAUUUGAUAAUGCGAUAUUAAAUUUAAUAGACCAAUUUUUAGAAGGUAGAUAUAAUGUAACAAUUUUAGCAUAUGGUCAAACUUCAUCAGGUAAAACACAUACGAUGGGAACAAAUGAUAAUUCUUCUAUAUCAUCAGAAUCUAAAGGAAUAAUUCCUCGUGCUAUGGAGACACUCUUCUCUCUUAUGAAUUUUUCCCAAUAUAAAAUGAGACAAUUUACAAUCAAAGUUUCAUUCGUUGAAAUUUAUAAUGAAGAAUUAAUUGAUUUAUUGGGUGAACAAAAUGUUGAUGGAGAAAGGCCUCAAGUAAUGAUUCGAGAAGAUUCAAAGGGAAACAUUCUUUGGAGUGGAUUACAAGAAAUAAAAGUUAAUAAUGUCGAAGAAGUUAUGACUACUCUAGCCCGUGGAUCUUUAAAUAGACAAGUUGGUUCUACGGACAUGAACUCACAAUCUUCUAGAUCACACGCUAUAUUUUCAGUUGUCAUGUCACAACAACAGAAAUCAUUAAGUUCACCAAUGUCUCCAACUAAUAGUAAUUCUGGAACACCACGAAUGAAUGGAUCUCGUCCUCCAUCAAGAACACAACAAAGGAUGAGUAAACGUUUAGAUGAUGUUGAAAAUAUGACAAUAACGAGUAAAUUCAAUUUUGUGGAUUUGGCGGGUAGUGAACGACUGAAACGUACUUCCGCAGUUGGAGAUCGUGCGAAAGAGGGUAUUUCGAUUAAUUCGGGUUUAUUAGCUUUGGGAAAUGUAAUAUCUGCCUUAGGAGAUCCUAAUAAAGCAAAACACACUACACAUGUACCAUACAGAGAUUCUAAACUUACUCGUCUAUUACAAGAUUCUCUUGGUGGUAAUGCACGCACAUUGAUGAUCGCAUGCGUUUCACCAACCGAGUAUAACUUAAAUGAAACUAUAAAUACACUUAAAUAUGCUAAUCGAGCACGUAAUAUUAAAAAUUCAGCAACUAUAAAUCAAGAAGAAACGGGAUGGAAUGAUUUAGAACAUUUACAAUCUUUAGUGAUGAAACUUAGAUCAGAAAUUAAAUCUUUAAAAUCUAAUUCG